CGUCUUCGCUUCCUGUGAUGUUUAGAUUUAUCUUUACCACAGCCUGUAUGAGGCUUGCAACUAGCGAGUAUUAUAGUUUUCCUCCAAAUUUUAUAUUGGGGGCCUCAACUUCCUCUUAUCAAAUAGAGGGCGCUUGGAACAUAUCUGAUAAAGCUGAAAGCAUUUGGGAUAGAUUUGUGCAUGAUAAAAGUGGUCAUAUUGCUAAUAAUGAAACUGGUGACAUUGCAUGCGAUUCUUAUCAUAAAUAUAAGGAAGAUGUUGCUAUCUUAAAAGAACUUGGUUUCGACUCAUAUCGUUUCUCCGUAAGCUGGGGUCGCAUCCUUCCAGAGGGUUUUGCGCACUAUGUUAGUCAAGAUGGUCUCAAUUACUACAAUAAACUGCUGGAUGAACUUUUGGCCAAUAACAUUAAGCCACUAGUCACUAUCUAUCAUUGGGAUCAUCCCCAAUUAAUUGAGGACCUCGGGGGAUGGAGGAAUGAUCGAAUGGUCGAGUGGUUUGCUGAUUAUGCAAGGAUAGUUUUUAGAGAACUGGGACCAAAAAUUAAAUAUUUUGUAACCAUUAAUGAACCUAGUAUUCUGGCCACUUCCGGGUAUGGAAAAGGAACGAAGGCCCCUGGAAUACAAGAUAGUGGAAGGGGAGAGUACCUAGCUACUCAUAAUAUGCUUAAAGCUCAUGCUACAGUUUAUCAUAUUUACCAGAAUGAAUUUAAAUCUACUCAAAAUGCCGUUAUUGGUAUUGUUGAUGUCUGUCAGCAUUCUUACACCAAAGAUGCCAAUGACAACACCUCGUCACAAGUGGGAUUUGAGUUUAACUGUGGGUGGACGUUUCAUCCAAUAUUUUCUAAAGAGGGAGAUUAUCCCAAAAUUUUUAAAAAACAGAUUGCAGAAAAGAGUAAACUUCAAGGCUAUCCACGAUCACGUCUUCCUAAUUUCUCCCAAGAAUGGAUAACGUAUAUUAGGGGGUCUGCAGACUUCCUGGGUCUUAACCACUAUACCGCACAAGUUGUUCAACCCGGAAGUAAUGCCCAAGUUCCCUCUUAUGAGGACGAUCAGAAUCUCGUAGUAUCAUUUCGUCCAGAGUGGAAAGCAACCACUGUACCAAUAUUCAAAAUUGUACCGAAAGGCUUUGGUGACACUUUAAGGGAAAUAGCGGAAGCGUACAAUAAUCCAGUAAUAUAUGUCACUGAAAAUGGAGUGGCGCUAAAUGAAGGAUUAAAGGAUCAAACUAGAAUUCAAUUCUUCCAUGAUUACGUAAGAGAACUUCUACUAGCUAUUAACCGAGAUGGAGUCAACGUCAAGGGUUACCACAUUUGGUCCCUCCUCGACAACUUCGAAUGGGAUUAUGGCUACGGGUAG